AUGCCGGGCUUGGUCAACCGGACGACCAGCACCGUCCUCCCUCUGGCUGCCUCGGAGGUCACCUCCUGCGUCAGUGGCUACGCCUUCGGAAUGACCGCCUGCCUGUCCUACCGCAACUCGGAGGACCAUCCUUUUGAAGGCAUGUUUAUCUACCCCCUGGACGAAUACACAACCGUCGUGGGCUUCGAAGCCGUGAUCGCUGAGCGGGUGGUGACGGUGCAGAUCAAAGACAAGGCGAGGAUCGAGGAGAGCGGCUUCAGCGACGGGGGACCCCCGGAUGAGGAGGGCCACGUCGUUCUGGACGAAGACCUGGAGAGGGUCAUCUUUGUGGCCAGCGUGGGCAUCGUUCCCCCUCAAGUGGACGUCUCCAUCUGCAUCAGCACGUCCUCGGAGCUCCAGACCCUCCCCACGGGGGCCAUCAGGGUCCUCCUUCCAGCCGUCUGUACCCCCAGAGUGCCCCAGAAAGCCUCCCACCUGACCAGCAGCCUCUCUGGGCACCACCUCCCCUUCAGGGAGAGGCACAGCAGUGGGGGGACGCUUUCUCCAGAACAAGCAGGGAAAUUCUGCCUGGCGCAUCACCUGGAAGCCGAGACCACCAACCCUGCGGAGUACGACUUCAGCUUCUCCCUGGAGAUCCGAGGGCCGUGUUUAUUGGCAGGAGUGGAGAGCCCCACCCACGAGAUCCGAGCGGACGCCGACCCUUCGGCCAGGUCAGCCAGGAGCAUCACCAUCACCCUGGCCAACAAGCACACCUUCGACCGCCCGGUGGAGGUCCUGAUCCACCCAAGCGAGCCCCACAUGCCCCAUGUCCUGAUGGAGGAGGGGGACAUGGCCCCCGCCCAGUACGAGCAGCACCUGAGUGGGCGCAGCGAUUUCAUCAGAGGCACCAAGAAGGACCCCAGCCCCGAGAAAAAGACCGAAAUUAUCCGGAAGAGGCUUCACAAGGACAUCCCUCACCACCCGGUGAUCAUGUUGAACUUCUGCCCGGAUCUGAAAACGGUGCAGCCGAACCUCCGGAUCACCCAUGGAGAAUUCAUAUUCCUGGUGGACCGAAGCCGGAGUAUGGCUGGCACCAACAUCGCCCGGGUGAAGGAGGCCCUGGUGGUCGUCCUGAAGAGCCUCGUGCCGGGCUGCCUCUUCAACAUCAUUGGCUUCGGAUCCACCUUCAAGGCCGUCUUCCCUGCCAGCCAGGCCUACUCGGAGGAGAACCUGGCGGGGGCCUGCGAGAGCGUCAGGAAGAUCCGGGCGGACAUGGGCAGCACCAACGUCCUGCCCCCCCUGAAGUGGGUCAUCCGGCAGCCGAUCCACCGCGGCCACCCCCGCCUGCUCUUCCUGCUGACGGACGGGGCGGGGGCCAACACCGGCAAAGCCCUGGAGCUCCUGCGCAGCCACGCCUCCUCCACCAGAUGCUACACCUUCGGCCUGGGGAAGAACGCCUGCCAGAGGCUGCUGAAGGGCCUGGCGGCCGUAACCAAAGGAAGCGCCGAAUUCCUGGCCGAAGGGGAGCGGGUGCAGCCGAAGAUGAUCCGGUCUCUGAAGGCAGCCAUGGCUCCGGUGGUGAGCGACGUCUCCGUCGACUGGGUCUUUCCCGAAACGACAGAAGUCCUGAUUUCGCCAGUCAACGCCAGCUGCCUGUUCCCAGGGGACCGCCUGGUGGCCUACAGCAUUGUGUGUGACACGUCCCUCUACGUCUCCAACCCCGGCUGGUGAGACAAGAGACGCCGGUACAGGAUGCUACAUUCGCAAGAGUCGGGAGGCUCCGUUUUCUUCCACUCCCAAGAAGAAGGAGGAGGAGGAGGAGGAGGAGGGGGGCCGGAGAACUGGGAGAUUACCAAGGAUCCCGAAAGCGGAUUUCCUUCGGAGAGGAGCAGUGGGGAGAUGGGAAGCGAAUCGGAUGUAGAUUCAGGCAUUGGCCCCGCGACCCCCUCCCAGCGAAGGGCCUACAGUUCCAGCCAGGUUGCCCACCGGGAGCCCUCGCAGAAGCUCCCCACGGCCAGCGACUCCAGCUCCAUCCGGGGCUCAAACCCUCUCCGGAAGGUCCCCCUGCAGGAGCUCAGCCGGAUCACUCCAGACGCCCAGCCUGGGCAGGUGGAGAUUCAGGACCUGUGCCAGCUGCCCAGGGGCCCCAGGCGGACGGGGGCAGGGGCAGGAUCCGGGUCCCAGGACCCCAGCCCCCUUUCGUAUUUGGACAGCCGGAGCCCCGGAGAGCCAGAGUCUGCCCAGCAUCCUUCCUUCAACUUUGAAACAGAGUCCACCUCGGAUUGGGACCUUCCCGAUUUGGAACCAGGCUCCUCGGCCGGUGGUGGCUGGAGGGGGUCUCGGAGGUCGCUCUGCGUGGCCCUGGUGAAGGGGCUCCAGAACGGGCAGCCGGUCAAGUGGGAGAUAACCUUCGACCUCGGACCCCUCUUCCAAAGCCGAGGAGACAAGAGCCAGCAGGAGGAGGAGGAGGAGGAAGAAGACAUCUGGAAUGAGACUUUCCACCACCUGGCUGCCAAGUCCAUCGUCCAGGACUUUGAGCAGCUGGCCGAGAGGGAGUUUGAGAUCGAGCACGGGUCCGGGCGGCGGUACCAGGCCAACGCUGUGCACACCAGCAAAUCCUGCAACGUGAUCAGCAAAUUCACGGCGUUUGUGCCGGUCGACCUCAGCAGCAACAACUAUUUGCCAAGCCUCCUGAAAUAUCCCAACACAGGUGAGGCUCAGAGCUCUCGGGAAGACGCUGGCAUCCAAAACCCAGACAGCGCUUCUCAAUCCCGGCACUUAAAGAUGAGCAGACCUCAACUCCCAGAAUUCCCCAGGCAGCACGGUCCCCAUCAAAGAUUUCCCUCCUGCAACAAAGCGCUUGAAGAAAGGGUCCCCGAACGUAAAACUGGCUCCAGGGGCCAAAGGUCAGGAGUGCAGCCCCUUCCCCAGCUAAGCAAUGUCAUCCCGAGGGAUGCCGUGCACCAACGCGCCCAACGGCUGAGCCGACGGAUUGGCUGCUUCAGGGUCCUCCUGAUCCCCUUUCUUCCCACUGCAGACGCAGAAGAGAAUAUUCCGUCUCCUCCUGCCUCCCUUCCUUCCGCCGGGGGGAAUCGCCAGAGUUUUCCAGACGGGUUACUACGCAGCCCACCCGCUUCCUCUCAAAAGUCCAUCGAAAACUUCUUCAGUGCCAGGCUGACGUUUAACAAGGCCAGGCUCCUGACUAAGGCUGCCCGAGGCUUCAUGGGGAAGUUCCCUGCCAAGAGUAGUGAGCUCAGUUCGGAAAAUGAGAAUGAAAAUGUCGAUUAUCUGCCACUGGUGUCCCUCCAGCUGGCCUCUGGCUCCUUCCUCUUGAACAAGGCCUUCUCCGAGGCCAUCCGCAUCCCCCUGGAGAAGCUCAGGUGGUCCUCGCCCUUCGCCUGCCACCGCCUGGGCCUCAGUCCUUCCAGCAGCUCCAGGAACGCGGACGCUCCGGGAGAAGCCAAGAGCGCGGCUGAAGGGGAGGGCGAGGCCGCCCUGCGUGGACGUCCUCCUGCAGCGGAAACCUCCUCCCGGGUCCCCGGGGCCGAGGGCCGCCUGUCCCCGCCCUCCAUCACCAUCCAGAGCUGCUCCAGCCCAGAGAACGCCCCAUCGCCGCCGGACAGCGGCCGAGGCUCGGAGACCGAGACCUCCGAACUCCAGGCGUGGCUGGCCGACGUUGAGCUCCAGCAGCGAGCCGAGCCGGAGGGGAUGCUGUGGGCCACGGCGGUGGCCUUGGCGUGGCUGGAGCACAGCUCGGCCUCCUACUUCAUCGAGUGGGAGCUGGUGGCCGCCAAGGCCAGCCGAUGGCUGGGAGAGCAGGACAUCCCGGAAGGGCGGAACCUGCCGGCCCUCAAGACGGCGGCUCAGCAGCUGUUCGUGCUUCUCCGGCACUGGAACGAAAACCUCCAGUUCAACCUGCUGUGUUACAACCCGAAGGAUGUCUAGGAAUUGGGGGGGGAGAG